AUGUACUAUGCUGCAAACAAACUUGAUCUAAGAAGUGUUAUUUACCUCAUAGAAUUUAUUACAUUCCCACUAAUAGCCAACGAUCGAAAAGAUCUUACUAUCCUACAAGAUUGGGUUAUGAAAGAUGCUCAACAAGAGGGUUUAGACGUACAAGCCAUUCAACAAAGUAGUCUUAAUGCUAGAAUGAUUGAAGGCAUGAUAAAAUUAUCAA